AUGGAGCUGACAUUCCACGUCAGUCCAGACCGGAGGAAUCUGAAGCGCAAAUGCCCACGCGGGGCGUGUGACAGCUGCCGGCAGCGAAAGAGGAAAUGCCAUCACGGCGAUGAGAGUCGCCGGCUGAUCAACGACCGGAAGUUCAUCCAAUACUCGCCCAAUGCAAGGGGCAGCCCUCUGUCGCCAUGCAGCAUCCCCGACUCAGAGCCGGCUGAGGUGCCUCACAAUACACCAAAACCAGGUCAAGUGGAUAAGACCAGAAACACUGCCAAACCCAACUCCGAUAGCAUUCCAUCCCGGCGUUUUAUCGGCGACUUGAAUCCCGUCGCACUCUUUGUUGGCGAUACCAGCUCCCGACUCCUGCGUGGACGGACUUGCCAAAGCGAUGUUGGAGUCUGGCUGGACCGAGAAGGAGACAUCCUCAGGAACCAGGAAGAUAUCAGCCAUGGUCAGCCAUUAGAUGGAAACGUCCAUAUUGAACCGUCGCCACGGUAUAGAAACCGACAGACCGAACCGCUUCUUCCUCCACGACAAAGCCAACAGGCAUUGAUGAACAUCUACUUCCAGCGCAUCCACCCGGUUCUUCCUUUGAUCAAUCAAGAUGAUUUCCAAGCACAGUUUCGCGAUCAAACCGCCUCUCCCCAGCUUGUGCAGGCAAUUUGUCUGGUGGCCGCAAAAGACCACAGCGCAGCGCCGUUCCUCUGCCUUGCCAACCAUACUAACCCUCUUCCUCUACGAAAGUUCACCAAGCUGGUCUAUGACAACCUGACCCAUACUAUCUCAAUGAAGGUCGAGACCAGAAAGAUCACUCUGAUACAAGUUCUCGCUCUCCUCUCGUUGCAUGCCUCAGGACCCGAAGACUCCGAGGAUUCUACUUUACACCUGUCGCAAGCCGCCCACCACGCGCACACAUUGGGCCUGCACUUGAUCAAGUACUCGCCAGACCAGGGAGAGAAGGAUCCAGCAGAGAAGGCCCUGGUCGUGCUCUUUUGGUGUUUGUGGAAAUUGGAUCGCUGGAGCGCGGCGAUCAACGGAAGGCCUCUCGUCAUUCACGACUGCGAUCUGGGGCAACGAGUGGGCGAUGUGAUUGCGUUCUUCGAUGCACCGUUUCGUGUCGCACUGUCCCUGGCAUCAAUCUUGGGCCGGGUGAUGGGAGUCUACCGACCGAUUCUGGAUACGCCGGUCGAUGACAACAAGCCUGAAAUCCCACGAUUCGAGGAAGUGCUGAACGAGUGCAAUGGAUGGAACUUGCCAUUGCAUUUGAAUUUAUCGCUUGAAUUGGCAUAUCACGCAAUUGCACUUUUGGCUGCGCGCCCCUGGGGUCUCAAAGACCAUCCUCGAUCGCACACGCUGUAUCUACGUCAGGAUCUUUCUGUGUAUCGAAUUGCCACUCUGAUCCAGAUGUGCGAUAUCAACCAGUUUCUUCCGCUGCCAGUCGUUGCAUACACCCUCUCGAUGGGGUUCUCCAUCUCCUACAAACAGCUGAAGCGAUGUCAAUUGCCCAGCACACAACAUACAGCGCAACAGAAUUUACAGACCUUUUACAAAAGCCUCAAAGCACUGAGUGCCACAUGGUGGUCAGCACGACUGAUGACACGGCUUGGACAGCGGGCUUUCGAUGGCAUCAACCGCAUGGCGGAAAACGAUGUUCGACAGCAGAUUGUACCAAAUUCGCUGAACAAAAACAUUGUCACGGCAGGCCCUCAUCCUUUGGAUAAUAUAGAAACAGCCAAUCGUGGCUCAUAUUCGCAUUCAGAUGAUACUAGAGUACGACAGGCUGAUGACAUGGAAAAAGAAAACCAACCAUUUCCGAAUAUCAACAAUCAGCCCGCAUUUGAUUUGACACACAUGGGCGAUGGCACCUUUACCGAUCUCGCAGCAGACCCCAUGUUUGAAGAUAUCGACAACAUCCUGGGGAACUUUCUUGAUAUCAAUAUCCCAAACACCUUUGAUAAUUUGUUUGCCAAUGAUUUUCUCAUGGGAACAGAUGAGGCAAUCGAUUGUGCCGGCCUAUACUAG